AUGUCAGCAACUCCAUUCUUAUUCCAAACAAAAGAUUAUAGGGGUGCCACGAUUGAAGAUUUGAAUAUUCCAUUAGCUGUUUCAAUAAACCCCACCACUUCCAUAUAUGAAGCAAUUGGAAUAGCUUUUGAGAAUGAAUUCACAUAUUUGCCAGUAAUUCAUGAACGCACAAAGAGAUUAUUAGGAGUAAUAAAUAUUGAAGAAUUGAAAAACAAUGGAGAUAGGCUAAAUAGGAGUGUGCUUGCUCCAAUAGUGAAAAGCUAUAUGAUUUGGUUUAAUCAAUCUGCUAAAAGAAAGUACGAACAAGAGAAUAAAGAAGUGUUAUCUUCUAAUAGAACUGCUCCCAAAACCACUAUCUUGAAACCAAGAGGUAAAAAAUAUGAGGUUUUAACGCCAUUGACGCCAUUAGAAAAGCUAGCAGAGUUUUUUAAUCUGAGAAACUAUUUUGCCAUAGUUACUAAUGGUCAUGGCGAUUUUGUCUAUGGAGUUGUUACUCCUCAAGAUUUGAUGCAGUACGAACAGUCAAGACCUAAAUUGUAA